GCUUCGUUCGAGGAACAGGGAGUGGUUGUGGAGAGAGAGAGCUUACCUUUCGGUUUCAGGGUUUGUUGAGCCAUGGUGGACCAAACGAAUCGCUUUAAAGGAGCUUUACAGGCUAUGGUUGAUUGAUCCACAGGCCUUUGUUUAAACAUUCUAAUUAAGUGUUUCUAGAUGAAGUGCCUGGGCUCUACCAAGGAAUAUCUGAAGGAUUCAUGGUUCCGUAGAAAACAUAAGAGAUGAAGACUAGUGCAGAAGUCAUGUAUGAUAUAGUUCCAUGAUUAUUGGACUUUUGGUCAAAUAGUUGUGAUGGGUUUUGAUUAAUACUUGAUUGCAUUUUCAACCAUGCAAAAACAAGUGAUCAAUAUCAAUAUGAUGGAUAGAAUUGAGGAUACAGAUAUCUUGGUCGCAUUAUGAUAUAGAAGAAGAUCAAGCAAUAGGUGUAUUGUUUUCUUGGUAGAUCUUAGUUUUUUUUUGGGGGUAAGGUGUUAGUUUAAGUUUUCUUUAUUCAGAUAAUUAUUUGAGAAUCUAUUGCAAAAGGCAUGUAUAUCGAAGAUUUGGAAGAGGCUGUGACUGAAAUAGGAAGUCUAAAGUCUGUAGAAGAUACUAUUAUUCGUCAUGAGAAUAGUUUAGAUGCCAAGAGAGUGUUAGUUGGAGCCGGGGCUCGUGUUCUUUUUUACCCAACAUUGUUAUACAAUGUCUUUCGCAAUAUGAUCCAGGCGGAGUUUCGAUGGUGGGAUGAGGUUGACGAGUAUAUUCUGUUAGGUGCCGUUCCAUUUCCCAAAGAUGUUCCACGUCUAAAACAACUUGGAGUUCAGGGAGUCAUCACCCUGAAUGAGCCAUAUGAAACUUUGGUCCCUACCGCUCUGUAUAAGGCUCAUGACAUAGACCAUCUGGUGAUCCCCACAAGAGAUUAUCUCUUUGCUCCAUCUUUUUCUGAUAUUUGUCGAGCUGUUGACUUCAUCCAUAGUAAGUGUACUUUUUCUUGAUUUAUUACUCUAUACCCAGUUUCUGAUUUAGAUUAGAGGUUUCAUUUGUUGCUGAAAUAUUUGGUCUUGAUAAAUUACAUCGGAUUGUGAAAGUGCCAUUCUGUUCGUGCAAUUGUGUGUGUGUGUGUGUGUGUGUGUGUGUGAGAG